AUGGUUGCAGUAGUAGCCUUGUUGGCGUCGUCUCCGGCGCCGGCGGCCGCGUCGCGUGCCGCAAGGGCCCCUGUCCACGGUGGCAACCCGACGGUGGGGUUCACGGAGGUGAGGCUGACUGAGAGCAACUUCGAGCUGCAGCGUCCCUACGACGAGCCGAGCGGCGACCGGUACAGCUUCCACGGCGGCGUCCGGCAGCUGUGGGUGCUGUCCUCCGACAAGCCCCACGCUCGCAACAGCCACACCAGCCCCAGAACGGAGAUCAGGAUGACGGGCUACGACUACUCUUCUGGGGUGUGGCAGUUCGAGGGCUACGGCUACGUGCCCGCCGGCACGACGGGGGUGUCCAUCAUGCAGGUGUUCGGCGCCGGCGAGACAGCGACGACGCUGAUGCUGCACGUCUACGACGGCGCGCUGCGGUACUACGACCGGCAGGUGGUGGAGGACGGCAUCUACGACCGGUGGUUCCGGCUCAACGUGGUGCACGACGUCGGCGCGUCGAUGCUCACCGUCUACAUCGACGGCGUCCAGAAGCUGCAGGCGCCGGGACGCGGCGGCGACUCGCACUACUUCAAGUUCGGCGUGUACGCGCAGAGGCACGCCUCCAGCUGCAUGGAGUCGCGCUGGAAGAACAUCAAGAUCUUUAGGAAACAUUAG